AUGGUUCACAGUGGUUCUUAUGAAAGCAGAAUCGGAAAGCCUGCCGUGCGGACACUUCGAAGGUGGUACAAAGAUCUGAAAGACAGGAUAGAGACGGCCUUCGAGAAGCUAACAGUCGACCGUGUGAGGAUGAUGAAUUUCAAAACCAGAAAAGAAGACAUCCUAUGGAGGGAAGCAAUCUUCAAAGAAACUAUGGAAGACACCGACGGUGGAGAGCUAGAGGUCAAAAAUGGCAAAUCAUACACGUGGCCGACCGAGUCCUUCAAUAAAUCCUUCUCACAGAUUGUGGAGCAUUUCAAGGAGCUCCGACUGCAUCCUGAACGCUACGCUGAACAACAAUCAAAGAAGGCGACAAAAUACAAAGCUACCAGAAUCCAGGCACAAGGCGGCAAAGCUGCUGAAGGCGUAAGUCCAAGCUAUGCGGGAGGCCAGGCUCAGGCACCAGGAGAAAGCGGGAACGGGGCGCAGCACGCCAAAGCACAGGAGGUCAGGCGUAAGGGAGGGGAUCGACCCCAGCCAAACAAGAGAUGCGAAACAGUACCCACACCUGGUAAUGAAGCAAAUCGUCAAGGACUGCAGGGAACUAGUGAAGCCGCCGAAGAACAGCCGGCUCGAAGCCGUUGCGUCAUCAGCUCAUGCACCGUGACCACCGGGCGGCCUGCGCACAUGUGCCACGUGUGCGAGAAGCCGGUGCACAACCUCUGCAUGCAAAAGAUGAUGCUUGACCGCUUCGGCGUGGAGAACUACGACGGGGCAGACUUUCUUUGCGAGACGCAUGCCGCCGAGAAGUCUGGCUUCAAGCAGGUGGAAAGGAGCGGAGGAACUUCUUUUAUAGUUACGCCUCCCAAGUCGAGCAGCCCGGAACCGGUUUGGGAAGUACUCCCGGCAGCAACUUCGACCGGCCAGGACAAACCCUCGUCCUCCAGCGUCCCUCAAAACACCGUCCAACAGCAAGGGGCAGCAGUGGAUGGGAAAGAGAAGGGCGAGCAGGACGGCAAGACCGAUCAGCAAGCACGGGGAGAUAACCAAACCGGGGGAAAUGUAACCAACGAAAAACGGAAGCGAGACGCACGGGCGGAAGGGAGCGGAAGCGGAAACGGAAAAGGAACCGGCAGUGGCGAGGAGCCACCAAAGAAGGCAAAAAGCACUGGGUCAAAUCUUCAGAAGGGCAAGAAGCGAAUCGAGCCCCGGAAAGAGGAAAGCGGCGAGGAUGCAACUCAAGGCCCUGGAGCUGGGGAAGAAGAACGGGGCGCGGGCAGCGUUCCGCAAACAAUUGACCCACAGCAAAUUGAGGGGAAGGACCAGGAGCGGAACGGAACCGAACCAACGGAAGAGACAGGGACCGGCCGGACCGAAACGGCCGGUGACGAAGUCUCCGCGCGGCCAAAACGGAACGCAGUAAGGCAGCGCAAGUUCCACGAACCGGGUCUUUGCAAGGCAGUGGGAUGCGAGUGCGAGUUUGGUCAGGCGGGAAAAGCAGGGGAGGCAGCGUGCGAAACGGCGAAAGGCAAGAGUGCGGCAAAAGCCAGCGGAAAGAGGAAUAAUAUAGCAAAGGCGGAAAAGAAGAAGCGGAAGCGGAAGGGGGGCGAGAACGAGGAGGAGAGCGAAGAGGAGAUGGACCUGGAUGGUGACGUCAUCGAGUCUUCAGACCCCGGUUCGGACGAGGAACCCAUCUCCGACCUGCCAAUCGGGGGCGCGUUUGAGGACAAGCACGAGAAGAUCGACAAGCACAUGCAGGCCAAGUACGAGGUCAUCGCCAUGAAAUUUCUCCGCGUCAAGUUUGCGUAUCAGGUGACUCGCAAGGAGGCCAUCAAGGCGAUCAACGGCCUCAAGCUCGAAAACAUUUCGAAGUCGCCGGAAUUGGAGACGUUUGACACGCCGUACCUGCUGAAAUUGCUGAGUGAAGGGGCCAUUGAUGACGAGCGCGUUUACAUCGCGAACAAGAAGUGGCGCGAGGACGGGGUGAAGUUGACUCCCAACGAAGUCUUCGUAUCUUAA